AUUAUGGAGGAGGUGGACCUGUGUGUGCAGUCUGGUGCUAAACAUCAUCCUUCGACCCAGAAAGCAACACAGCUGCAGCCACAUGUCUAGUACCGAUUGGCCGUUCUCCCAGCGAGUCACUUCCCCCACCCCCGUGAAGCCUCAGCUUCGCCCACGGUUAAACCUCCCAACCAACUGCCCGGAGCUCACUGGUCCUGCCAAGAUGAUCCUGCCACAGCUCAUCGUUGUGGUUUCCCUUUGCGCUGGUGCGAACGGACAAAGAGCGCAGAAUCGGCUUGAUACGGAGAUCAGCAGGAAAAUGGGCAAAACAGUCAGUAUCGACUGCAAAGCGGAUUUGACUAAUUUUAGGAGUAAUUAUAUUCACUGGUACUACCAGAGAGCUGGCCAAGCCCCAGAGCGGAUUCCCUAUGUCUCGAAAGACGAUAAGGUUUCUUUUGAUCAAGAAAAGAGUAAAACUAAAUUUGAGACCCAAAAAAGAGAUUCGUCCUAUUAUUUAAGAAUACACAAGCUUGUUGAAGAGGAUGCGGGGAUGUACUACUGUGCCUACUGGGAUGUCACAACAGCGAUAGCUGCACCCACAUGUUCAAUGCCAAUUGGUUGUUUCCUCAACAAGUCACUUCCCCCGCCACUAGUGAGACUUCAGCAUCAUUUACAGUUAAAUCUUCCGUUCGACUGUCCAGAGCCCGCAGGUCCUGUCAGGAUGAUCCUGCCACAGCUCAUCAUCAUGGUUUCCCUUUGGGCUGAUACAAAUGGACAAAGAGGGCAGAAUCACUUUGGCAGAGUGGUCAGCAAUAAAAAGGGCAACUCAGUUUUUGUAAACUGCCAAAUGGAUUUGACUAAGGAUAUUACCUAUAUUCACUGGUACCGCCAGAGAGCUGACCAAGCCCCAGAGCGGAUUCUUUACAUCACAAAAGAUAACCAAGUUACUUUCGAUCAAAAAAAGUUUGAAACUAAAUUUGUUGCCCAAAGAAAAGUGUCCUCCUGUCAUCUCAGAAUACCCAAGCUUGAUGAAGAGGAUGCGGGGAUGUACUACUGUGCCUACUGGGAUGACACAGUGACCGAAAGUCCGCAACAACCGCACAAAAACACCUUCUUCCUUCUUCACCCACAAUUAGUUCUGGCUUGGUUUGAAUUGGUUGAACUGGUUUGGUUAUAUCUAAUGAAACUGAACCCUGUCAAAGACAAUGGCAUCUUCACCAUUAUGUCCACAAUUAUCAAAGCAUUACGGAGCUGGUGGACCUAUGCGAGCAGCCUCGUGUUAAAUAUCAUGCUUCAAACCAGACAGCGACAUCAGUGCAACCGCAUGUUCAACGCCAAUUGGCUGUUCCCUCAGAUGAUUCUGCUGCAGCUCAUCAUGGUGGCAUCCCUUUGGGCUGGUGCAAAUGGACAAAUAGGACAGAAUCAACUUGGCGCAGUGAUAAGCAAGAAAGAGGGCAGGUCAGUCACCGUUGACUGCAAAGCAAAUUUUAAGAGUGAUUAUAUUCACUGGUACCUCCAGGGAGCUGACCAAGUCCCAAAGAGGAUUCUUUAUAUCUAUAAAGAUAAGGUUUUUACGGAUCAAGAAAAGGAAAAAACUAAAUAUGAAGCCCCCCCAAAAGAUUCCUCCUAUCAUCAUCUAAGAAUACACAGGCUUGUUGAAAAGGAUUCUGGGAUGUACUACUGUGCCUACUGGAAUGACACAGUGACAGGAAAUAUAGAUCGACUGCACUAA